UGUGAGCAAGAGCUUAGCUUGAAUGGCACAAGAGAUUAGAGAAAUUGGGAGUGUUUGGAUGAGCACACAGGAUAUUCCAAUAACACACUUCCCCAUCUGUAACCUCCCCACCCUUGUCAGACAGAAUGGAAAACUUAUCUGCAAAAAUCCUGAAAAUGAUGGAUGACAACAAGCAGUUGGCUCAGCGCAUAGAUGGGGCCAUUCAGUCGGCCAGCCAGGAGGUGACCAACCUGCGCUCAGAGCUGAGCGCCACCAGCCGCAGACUGACUGAGCUGGGGGCAACCGACUCCUCUGCCAGCAUGCUUGAGACCCUCCAGCACAACCAUAACGAUCCAUCUCCCCAACCGAGGCAGAAGCCUCCUGCCACUGACCUCUGCUACACCAGUGAAAUCAGCAGCCUCAUGGACUUCAACUCUCCGGAUGCCUCCCUGGACAAAGUCCUGCUGCGUGAAGAGGUGGCCCAGCUCCAGGAGGAGGUGCACCUGCUGCGGCAGAUGAAGGACAUGUUGAGUAAGGACCUGGAGGAGACCCAGGGAGGCUGCUCGGCCGACGUGCUCUCCGCCACCGAGCUCCGUGUGCAGCUGGCCCAGAAGGAGCAGGAGCUAGACCGAGCCAAGGAGGCCCUGCAAGCCAUGAAGUCAGACCGUAAGCGUCUGAAGGCAGAGAAAGCAGACCUGGUGAACCAGAUGCAGCAGCUUUAUGCCACACUGGAGAGCCGGGAGGAGCAGCUCCGUGACUUCAUACGCAACUAUGAGCAGCACAGAAAAGAGAGCGAGGAUGCAGUGAAGGCACUGGCUAAAGAGAAGGAUCUUCUGGAAAGAGAGAAGUGGGACCUGCGGCGGCAAACCAAGGAAGCCACUGAGCAUACAGGGAUGCUGCGCUCUCAGCUUGACCUCAAGGAAAACCGCAUCAAGGAGCUGGAGGCUGAGCUGGCCAUGAUGAGUAACUGUGUCAAUCAGAGAAUGGAAUAUCGGGUGUUUGAGCGGCUUGGGGACAGGGACAGGGACUACUCCCCCAGAGUCAUGGCGGCCAAACAGUCACUAGCCACCCUGACCAAGGACGUACCCAAGCGUCACUCUCUGGCUAUGCCCACGGAAACGGUUGUCAACGGCAACAACCAAGAGUGGGUGAUGCAGGCUGACCUUCCUCUGACUGCUGCCAUCAGACAGAGUCAGCAGACACUCUAUGUCCACACGGGUCAUCCCACUGAUAGACAAGUGGCUGCUGUGCGGGUGAGCCCAUGCCACUCGCGUCAGCCCUCUGUCAUCUCUGAUGCCUCAGCGGUGGAGGGAGACCGGUCAUCCACACCAAGCGACAUCAACUCACCACGCCAUCGGACUCACUCUCUCUGCAAUUCCCUAGAAGAUCUGGAGGAGGCGAAGCGUAAGAAGAAGAAAGAGAAGAUGGGGCUGGGCUCUCUGUCGCGUGUCUUUGCCAGGGGAAAGCAGCGCAAGUCCCUCGACCCCGGUUUGUUUGAUGGUACUGCAACACCUGAUUAUUACAUAGAGGAGGAUGCAGACUGGUAAAGCACACAUGUCCGAGCAGUCCACCUGGAGAGCCUUUGUGGCAAUUAUCAGAAGACAGCAUUUUAUUGAAAAGCAUGUAUGUGUGUGAGAGAGGACGGGUAUGUGUGUUUGAUGUAAGCGUGUAUAGAUAUAAAAAAAAAUGUGCGUGCCUGGGGCAGUCUCAUAAGCAUGCAUACUCAUGUGUGUGGGUGUGUGUGUGAGAGUGUGUGCAUGUGUGUGUCGUCCAUGGUAAGAGGCCAUGUCAGAAGCCGGAGGCGCAUCUGGCUUUGCUGAAGUGUAAACUUUAACGGGCAAAUUGCACCUGUAUGUAUGUACAGUCCUGUAAAUAGAGUGUGACACAGCGACCAUGUGGAUAUGUUCUACUGUAUCUGCCCUCCAAAACAGCUGUGUUAUUGGAUCUUUCAAUUGUUCUUUACAUUUUGACUUUUUGUUUUCACUCAACUGGAAACUUGAAGGACUGCUGUACCUGUAAAUAACAACAGUUAAUGUGCACUUUGUGCGUGUAAAUGUCUCCUUGUCCUGAAUGCUUUUGUUAUUUUUGACAUGUAACCCCACCCCACCCCACCCCACCCGCCCCACACCUCUCACUACCUUUAACUUGAACUCCACCCUGUUUAUUGUCCUGCUUGGUCCAUCCCCCUCCUUCCACACUGCCAUGAUGAGAACAGUUUCCUGUAGGCAACAUGCAGACUCCUCAAAUCCACAUCCAAUUUGGUCGUACAGCUCAUCCAUCAACUGCCAAGAAAAAGUGCUUAGACACCCUGAGAUCUUUUGCUCAGACGAGCAAAGACACCACGAAAUGCAGAAUGAACUUUCUAUGCAGCAGAGUUUGUUCCACAUCAACAUGAAGCCAAACAGGAAAUGUAAGAAAUGUGUUUUCUAUCUAUUAAGAUAGAAGGUACAUGACUAAUGAUGUGUGACAUGCAUGCACAUAGUCCCAGUCCCCAAAUGCAUGGUGAACAAAACCCUACUAAACAGAAAUGUCUUUCUCUGGGUAUGUUGCUGAGAAGAUGAUAAACUGUCUGUUUAAAGGAAAGAAAAAAAGAGAGGUCAGUUACGGAUUUCAUGAUGUUUAUUCAUGAUUUCCUCCAUUUUAAAUGAAGUGAUUACAUUUGGAAACCCCGACCCUCUAUUAUUCAGGAAAUGUUCUGGUUAAACUUUAAGAGCUUAACAGCCCCAGCUAAACAUAGAGUGCUUUAUUCUGCACCUACAAGGCUAUUUAUGCAAAAUGACAUUUGAAAUAUUAAAGGUCAGUUAAGUCAACAGUCUCAAAGCAGCACUACACUUUGAAUUAUGAAAGAACUUCCACUUAUUCAUGAGGCUCUGUACCAUUUUCUCUGUGUAGGAUCUUGCAGUAGCUUGUAGCUAUAAUCUUAUUAAUACAUUAAAAUAAUUUUCACAGUUAAGUUAUUCUGGGAAAAAGUGACACUGAACAAGAAAGCUAUUAUCACAACAUAUGUGCUAGUAUAAAACAUCAGUUGUACUUCCAAUAUAGAUAUUAGUCUGAUGGUCAAGGCUUCUUUAAACAUCAGGAAUUAGGCCAUUUUUCUAGAGUAUAAACACGUCCAUUUAAAGGUAGGAGCAAGGAGCAGACAUUAAAGGAACUCCUAUAACAAUAACGAGUGCCAACUCUGAAGGUUAGACCUCAGAUUUAAGCAGGCUAAUCAAACUGAAGCAAAUGCAUACCUUCACCCGUGACCUUGUGAACUCACCAAAACAUUCUGAUGCGGAGUUCAGGCCAUCGCUGCAAAAAAAGCAAUUAACUAUGUGCCAAAGGUUAAUAGCAUUUCUUCAAGCAAAAGAAUUGCCACAGACAUUGGAUUAUUUUCAUCCUUUCAUUGGAUUGAGCCGGAGUCUGCACAGCCCCCCCAGGAAAUCUUUUCUCUCCCUGAUAUGAAACUAACACUGGGUAUUUGUCAGUCUCACCUGAAGCACUAUAGAGUCACAGAUUACACUGGAGCUGUGUUUUACCACAGUGCUCGUCAAAAGAGCAUCCACAUAAGCAGCGAGGGGAUUAGCAUUUAACCCUCAGCUCUACCUACAGUACAUUUGGACUCGCACACAUUGGAUCCAGAGGUGAAUCACUAACGUAAUGCAAAGAUAAGUCAUCAUGUAAUAAAUUGUAUGUAUAAGAACAACAGCUCGACCAGUUUAUUUCAUUAAACAUUUAAUGAAAUGUAUGAAAAUCAAGGCUAUUUUUUAUUUUUUUCAUUUAACCAACUUUUAUGAUACUCUGCUGAUGGGGAAAAAAGAACAUAUCAAAUGAAAAACAUUGUAUCAUUUUAUGUUUUGAGCCAUGGUAUCUUGUUUUUUAUUUUAUUCUUUUACCACAAAUAUUUAACUUUUUGUAAAUGAGAUAACAUUACAGAAAUGAAAGUAAUAUUAUUAUUGAAGAGUUUUAUUUAAAGUCAAAGAUGUAGGCCUCAGUGGAGGACUUCUAUUGUGAGGUCCUGAGAUGUUUAGAAACGGAUAGUAGCAAACUUUUAAAGGCAUGGCAACAAAAUUACGCUCAAAGAACUAAAUGAGAAAAAAAAAGAAGAUUAUUUUAAAAUAAAAUGAAUAACGUUAAAUUUCCACGUGGCUGUCCUCUCUUUCCCUGUGUUAAUGUUUGUGUGUGUAUGUGUGUUCAUUUGUUGUGGUACGGCUCUAAUCCUGAUUCGUCCCUCUGUGCUGGAGGGAUCUGCCAUUUUUAACAUAUGCGUUAGCUUCCCUCAGCCCUGCAAGUCCAUCUGUGGGAGGACUGCAUCUCAAAUCUUCCAAAUGGCCUCCUUUCCACUCUUUUCAAAACAUUUAACCCCUCAUUCACACCCGAAAGUCUUUCUUUCUCUUAUAUUACCCUGAAAUCAAUCAUCAAGAGAUGGGAGGGAAAGGAAGCCAUGUCUGAAUAAACAGAACUCAUAUGUAUGUCAGCACAUGGUCUCGAUAAUGCUAUGUUUUGAUUUGACCCCUGACUUCUAACACUGACCCCUCUUGUCUGACCUCCACUGGACUCUCAACACAGUGAAGUGACCCAAGAAGUAAUCAAUCAGACUCUGUGAGACCAAGGUACACCAGUUUCAAUUGCUUUAAAAAUGAACCUGCUGGGUUGCAAACUGUGUUUGCAGAUGCCUCCUAACUCAAGAAACAUCACAAAAUGACCUCAGAAAUGAGCACUUCUUCAAGUUGAAUUUAAUUCUGAUGCAAACCAUCCAA